AUGAAGUACUUUACAUUCUGGACGAUAUUGUUGCUUGUACCUUUUGCUGCAGCGGAUGAUUGGGAGGACUUUACCAAUAACCUUGCGACUGACUUGGCCCCCUUAAUUACGCUCUUUGGUGAACGACUCACCAAACAAUUCCUCUCCGAGUCGAUCAGCCUCUUAGACAACAUAAUCUUCGCCUUAUCACCACUUGGUGUUUUAACAGCAGUUGUCUCGGUCAUUCGAGUUUGUGGUAGCUCAUCCCUAAAAGCAUUUAUAGGAAGAGCACAAGAGGGCCCUGCCGAGGCUGAAAGCGAGCUUUUAUCAUGUGUGUCCCAGUCAACAGCGGAGCUAUUCAAUGAUGGGGGCAUUUCAAGAGUCUUUGGCAGGCCCAAGAUUGUUGAGAUUGUCGCAUGGGAGAAUGAAGAUCCAAAGACAGGCAAACGAACGGUCGAAUUCGGAACACUUCGUGACGCGAUUAGAAAAGGAGCGUGGAGUGCUCAAGGAUCGGGCCUUGCCCCUGAAGAUUUGGAUGAUCCAACUCGUCUCCCAGAGCUCGAUAUGCCAAACCUGUCUUUGAAUAAGGGUAUUAAGAGAAUGUAUGAGAGGUGGUUUUACUGCGCCGCCAUCUUGGGUGCUAUCAUGCAGAUUGGGGUCAUUAUAUACGCGGCAAUCACUGUAUUUUUAUGCCCCGGAGAUUUCGAGAAGGACGACAAACCAGUGGCCAGUUACGCAUUCCCAUUCUUCAUUGUCGGAACGACCUUGCUCUUCGCAGGCAUGCUCUUUUGCGCGAUCAUUAUCGAACGCUCUUCAAAAGAAUAUUACAUCAAACCAAACAAGCCUAGUAAGAUCUGUUGGCUGCAACCGGGGAACCAGCACGUGGGGGAUCAGGUCUUCGGCGCAUUCAUGGCCGUGAAGCAAGGACCAGAAUCAUCGAUGAGCAUGCGGCUGCGAUAUAUCAAAUCUACCCGUUUUCCGAAAUACGAUGGCAGAUAUGUGGAGCUCUAUACAGUCUUAGGCUCGACAAUGCUUGGCUUCAUCAUUCAAUUUGUUGGCCUAAGAGGUCUUCACGCAUCCGUCAUUCUAGCCCAGCUGGGCUCGACUUUCAUCAUGUCGAUUCUGCGCACUUGUCUAAGGACUCAGAGAAUGGCACCUGAAGAGAAUCUUCUUAAAGACGAACGAGAUCUCGCUACACAGAAAAAACAAGAACUUGAUGCUUUUGCAUUUUACCUCCAUAAUGUCGCUUCGUUCGAACCCGCAUCAUCGACCACUCCGGCUAUAUCCCACAGUAACUCGUCAGAGCCCUAUGUGGCCCGGCCGGAGAAACCGCUGGUAAAAGAGAUCAUUGCAACUCGGGCUCUUCUCGCAGACAUAACCUCCAAGCAAGAGUCGAAGCAUGGGUUGAAUGUACCAUGGGAUGAUAUCCCAACUCGAAAGGUGGCAAAGAGCCUGGCAGACACGAUCGGGAUGACAAUGGACUUAUUGUCCAGCUGGGGUGUUGAGUACGAGAAAGAGUUCCAAUUUAAUCUCUCGUUUGAAUGCAAACCUGAAGGGCUUGAGUGGACUUCAUAUUCCCGUGGGCAACACCCAGUUCGAGUUCAAAGGAGCGGCGAUGCUUUGAAAUGGAAAGUCGAUCAGAAUGAGCUCGAAGCGAUAAUUGGAUUAUCAACUUGGUCAUUAUACAAAUCUGACGAAGAAUGGAAGCAUCCUCUCGUUCGAAUGGUGGGCCUUGACUCUUUUGAAGCUGGAACACUGGAGACCUACCUGUCUUUUCAUAAAUGGAUCUUCCAACAAAAUGAAGCUAAAAUUGCAUCCGCUAAGACGAUUGAUUCGUCCAAACGGCUCUUCGGAUUUGAAUCAGAUCGCUAUGCCUACGACAAUGAUAUACUUAUUGUUCGAACAGAAAAUAGUGUGGAGACUAUGGUUGCUCAAGACAUCUACAUCCAAUUCCUUCACAAUGCCCUCAAACCGACCAAUGCACUCAAAGGGCAUACACUUCUAAACGACAGCAUCCAUAGUUCGACUUUUCGGCCGAGCUUUUCUGCAAAGAAUAGCCAGAUUGAAGAGCUCCUUCAUUGCUUCGAGAGCUGCAUGCUGGGGUCCCGAGAAGAUGCCCUUCUUUGUGCCAUACCUACCUUGCGGAGCUUAAGCCUUCUUCCAGAGUUGGCAGGAGAUUCUGUCCAAGUGAGAAUGCAAAUCGAAAAUCUGAUCAGCCAAAACAACUGGGAGAAAGCAUUCAGACUUCUCGAAUGGAUAUGCGAGCGAUCUCAAGGCGAUGAACUACGCCAUUCUGCGUAUGAACUGGGUUACCUCUGCCGCCGAGCUUUGAUGGCCCACGAUGCUAGUAUCCGAGGAGCAGGACUCGAAUAUACGUGCAAAAUUCUCAAGAAGAAUAUCAGGGAGGACUUUCUAAACUCCAGGAACGUGAGAACACCCAGACACUGGUCAGAGUCGAGCCAGUUGGAGCCCUGGUUGGGGCGAUUUGCUAGGGAACUAGGAUGGAUUGCAUGGCAUAUUUCGGGCAACAUACCGAGCGCCGAGUGUAUACAGCCCACCCUCAAAGCCCACGGAGUCUUGGAAAGCCUAGGCACAUCUGCAGAGGAUGGCGAAGACGCAAAAUUUUCGAUAGCAACGGUGAAAGCCACGCAGGAGUUUCUAACCUUGAGUGCUUGGGAUGUCCACCAUCGUGAUCUAGAGGGAAAUGAAGAUGAACUGGGCUAUGCCUGGGCCUUGAAAGAAGACCUGGGUGCAAUCGCUUAUUUUAUCAUGAUGAGGUGGGUAGAGAUCGGUGCUCAACACCCGGUGCUUUGCCAACGAGCAUUUAGUAUUGCGGCGAGGCAUCCCGCUGGUCAGGGUGUGAAUGUCCUUCUUCGACAUGGUGCUGAUAUUGGGGCGUCGGAUGAAAGGACAAUAUCAGCCUUGCUCCAAGCCAUUGAUGACAACGACUUAAUAGCCGCCGAGAUACUCCUUGAAAACGGGGCUAAUCCGAAUGGUAACGAGAAAGGACCGGAUGCCAACCCUUUGGGUCUCUGUGCUCAACGAGACCUUAUUGAUAUGGCACAGUUGCUUCUUGGCCACGGCGCCUCGGUUUAUAUUACUGACGCGAGUGGCAUGUCUGCACUUCAUUGGGCGAGCAAUGAGAAUAAAGUCGGCAUUGCCAGCCUGCUACUUUCCCACGGAGCGAAUGUUGGAAAAUUUGGAGCCGAUGGAGUCAUACCACUUCACUGUGCGGUCAGAAACAAUUAUCUUCAAAUGACGGAGCUGCUCCUGAAAGCUGGAUCUGAGAUUGAUGCCCCAGGGGGUAACCGAGAGAAGACCUCGCUGAUGUUUGCGGCCGACUCCGGCUUCGUCGAUAUUGUCUAUACGUUGCUAGCGAAUGGCGCCGAUAUCCAUGCGCAAGAUGCGAAGGGCUUGACGGCUUUAGACUGGGCUAAGAUGAGUAAUCGCUCGGAAAUUGUCAAGAUUCUCGAAGAAGCAACUCGAAUGAAGGCA